AUGCAAUUGUUGGUCUUGGACUCUUCAAUAGACUCCUUGGUGGCGUGGUCUGCUGCGGAGUGUGUCUGCGACAGUGUUCCUACCGUUGUCCUUACCUCGAUAUCCACGGGGUCGGAUUUGUAUUCAGACAAAUGUCGCAACGAGAUUCACGCGCGUGAGUGUCUGAAGGAGGUGCCUUUAGUCCGUUCAAAGCUAGAAUCCCAGGAUGCAGAGUCCGUGAAAUUGUUUAGCGAAAAAAUUGGCAAGCACACUUCGCAACCGGCGGACAGUGUACUGAAGCAGCUCCUGAAAACCCUGAACGAGGUGCCCCUGAGGCCGCUGUUGUUUGCGGUGGAUUCUUCGGCCCCUGACGUGCUGCCCAUAUUCGGUUGCAACGCCGUAUUGAAGUAUUACGCCGAAAGUCCGGGUAGAUGCGGCGAUAGCGGCUGUCUGCUGCACACACCCAAACAUGGACAGACCGUAUUUGACUGGUUUUCGUGGUCAUCGCAAUUGCGCACUUUGUGCAACAAGAACGCAUCUGUCGAUUUGAAAGCGUUGUUAUCGCAAUUUGAUGCCUAUCUAUCCGGUCAGCAAGAUUCUGAUAUCAAAGUUUGCAUCGGUUCGGUAGUGAUUACGUUGUGCCUGCUAUGGUACGAAAGCAAACUAGAGUUCUUAGGUUGCAAUUUGGACAUGUUUGGCCACAUACGGCGCUACAUGUCAGCCGUGUUGAGUGCGACGGCGAAUUUGGAGAGGUAUCGGUGCCUUCACAAGUAUUAUAGACUCCACGGCACAUGCGCUGCACCUGAGCGUUCAAUAGCUUCAUCUGACGAGUUGGAGUCAUUAUGCCGCGAUUUCGUCGGUAGGAAGUUUUACGUCACCACCGCACUGGCGUACACUAACGGACCUCCGCAUAUCGGCCACACCUACGAGAUCGUGACGUCGGAUGUUUUGGUUCGUUACUUUAAGGCCUUUGGCAUGAAGCCUACGCUUCUGGCGGGCACCGAUGAGCACGGACUGAAGGUUGCAACUACGGCUGAGAGUAGCGGCAUGUACCCUAUUGAGCUCGCCGAUUACUACUCCGCUAAAUUCCGAGAGAAUAACGCCGCUCUUCUGACCGACGCCUCUCUAUUCGUGCGCACUACUGAGCGCCGCCACCAUCACUCAGCGCAGAAGAUUUGGAGGAUUUUGAGGGAUAGGGGAGACAUAUACCUUGGCGAGUACAGCGGUUGGUACAACGUCCGGGAAGAGACGUUCCUAACCGAGGUUGAGGCUGCGGCCACCGACUACAAGGAUCCAUUGUCAGGAAAGCCUUACACUCUUAUGAAAGAAUCGAGCUAUUUCUUCCGUAUGAGCAAGUACCAGCAGCAGUUAAUCGAUAAGAUAAGCAGCGAUCCUAUGUAUCUGCAGCCCGAAUCCGCGCGAAAUGAAAUUUUGAGCCGUCUGAAGAAGCCUUUGGAAGACCUGUCGGUGAGCAGGUGUAACUUCAGCUGGGGCAUUCCCGUUCCCGAUGAUCCGUCUCACGUGAUGUACGUUUGGUCCGAUGCGUUGACCAGCUAUUUAAGCGGCAUUGGUUUCGGCGACUUCGACGACAUCAGCGAGCUAAAGCUUUGGCCUCCCGAUGUUCAGGUCAUUGGCAAAGACAUCAUUUGGUUCUUCGCCGUAAUUUGGACGUCGAUUUUGAUGUCCUUGGACGUUUCGUUGCCCAAGACGAUUUUCGCACACGGCUUUAUCACUGCCGCUGACGGGCGCAAAAUGAGCAAAUCUCUGGGCAAUGUCGUUCACACCAAAGACCUCCUGGUGAAAUAUGGAGCGGAUAGUCUGCGUUACUACCUCGUUCGGGAUUCCGUCUUUGGUUCAGACGUGAAGUUCGACCUCUCCUCGAUGGCGGAUUUACACAACGCUGAUUUGACUGACACUAUUGGUAACUUGGUACAUCGUAUCACGACUUUAUGCACGAAAUUCUGUAACGGGUCCAUUCCCCCCGUUGCGGACAAGUCGUCCCCGCGUCCCUUCAACAUGGUGGACGUGGCAGCCAAGACCCUGAAGCAUCUACAGGAUUUCGCGCUGCAGGACGCACUGUUGAGCGUGAUAGAGGCAUUCAGGGAUACUAACAAAUAUUUGACCGACCGCGAGCCGUGGGCUAAGGGUUCUGUGUCAACUCGGCAUGACACGAUACGUAACGUGCUGGAGGCGAUUUACUUUUUGAACCAUUUAAUGCAGCCAGUGAUUCCUCAAGCGGCUUCGGUAGUUUUCAAGAAGCUAAAUACUGCGCCGAAGACCCACAUAGGCCUAUUAUCUGCUGACUAUGACAACCUGACGGAGGGCACCAACGUGGUCGUCGGGGACAUUCUGUUUCAAAAGGUGGUCGCUGCCGAUAAAACCCAGUAA